AUGGACCACUAUCCCACUGUCAGUGUCAACGAACGCGAAACUCCUUCUUCGAGAAUAUCGUCACGCCACGACUCUGUCUCCUCUGUUGGCAAGACCUCAACUAGGAGUAAACGCUCGUCAACCAUGCAAACAACAAGCUCCGCUGAGCGCCAGUCCUAUUCAUAUCAUUCCUUCCCAUCUCCAUCGACACACUCACCAGUCUCCUCCAACUCAUCCCGGUCCAGCUCCAGUACCUCCAACCACUCAAACUUCCAACGCAUCGAGGAAGAAUAUGCACGGUAUACAAAUGCGCCGCCCCCGUACAGCGAAAAGCAGUACGAGGGGAAGACCGAUGAGGAGAAGACUAGUAUGCGAAUGAAGGAUUAUACCAAGGAGCUCUCGAGGAUCAUGACACGGCAACUGGUUAGGGGGCUGAAGAUUAGUGAGAGGGAGAAGGUGAAGCGGGAGGGAAGAAAGAACUAA